AUGUACUUCUUCCUCCUCAACCUCACCUUCCUCGACCUUGGCAACAUCUCUACCACUGUCCCUAAAUCCAUGGCCAAUUCCCUGUGGAACACCAGGGCCAUUUCCUACUCAGAAUGUGCUGCACAAGUUUUCCUACUUGUCUUCUUGUUAGGAGGAGAGUUUUCUCUUCUCACUGUCAUGGCCUAUGACCGCUACAUUGCCAUCUGCAAACCCCUGUACUACGGAACCCUCAUGGGCAGCAGAGCCUGUGUCAAAAUGGCAGCAGCUGCUUUUGGCAGUUGUUUUCUCAAUGCUCUCCUGCACACUGCUAACACAUUUUCCAUACCCCUCUGCCAAGGCAACACAGUGCAGCAGUUCUUCUGUGAGAUUCCCCACAUCCUCAAGCUCUCCUGCUCACACUCCUACCUCAGCGAAGUUGGGCUCAUUGCGGUUAGUGGCUGUUUUUUCUUUGUUUGUUUCAUUUUCAUUGUGCUGUCCUACAUGCAGAUCUUCACUGCUGUGUUCAGGAUCCCCUCUGUGCAGGGCCAUCACAAAGCCUUUUCCAUGUGCCUCCCGCACCUGGCUGUGGUCUCCCUAUUUGUCAGCACAGCAUUUUUUGCCUACAUGAAGCCCCUCUCCCUUUCCUCCCCAGCUGUGGAUCUUGUGCUGGCUGUUCUGUACUCAGUGAUGCCUCCAGCAGUGAACCCGCUCAUCUACAGCAUGAGGAACAAGGAGCUCAAGGAUGCCCUGAGGAAACUGGUUCAAUGGCUCCAGUGGAAGCACCAAUAA